GUGAUAACGAAGAAGAAGGGGAGGAUGAUUUUGAGUUAUGCAUAAUUUAUUAAAAAAUAACACUGAAAUUUUUUUGCCAUGACACAGAAGUUUCUUAAUUUUAACACCGAAAUAUCUUAUCUGUGACACUAAGAGGGUGAAAUAAAAAUGAUAAGAAUGUGAAAGAAGAAGAGGCGGAGAAAGAGGAGAAGGAAAAGUUUUGAAAUAUUAUUUAGUUGAAUGAAUGUAUGUUUACACUUAUGUGAGGUCUAGGAUGUAUAGGAAAAUUUUUUCUACACAUGUAUGCUAUUGCUGUCAGCUUAAGAUUUUGACAAAUGUCUAAAUAAAAGUUAGUUGAAGACAAAUAUUGCAAAAGGAGCUGACAUAAAGAAUAUUUUGUCUACUACUGGCACGUGAUCACUUAUGCUAAAUUAUGUUAAUUAGUUUAGUUUAGCGUGAGUAAUUAAUUUAGAAGAUAUUGGGCUAGGGGUGUUUGGAAUUUUUGAUUGUCAGUGUGAUUGGUUUUUGCCAUAGUGGGAAUUGAAUUGAAAUGGAGGGAGCAUAUUGAAUUGGAAUGGAAGCAGCAUAUAUAAGGAGCUAUAGCGGCAGAUUGGGAAAGGAAAGAAAUGAGAGAUCUUCCAACCCCGGGUCAGCUCAUAGGUUGGGGAUUUGGUUUUCUGUGGUCUGGGCUUGUUUGUUGGCCUGGACCCUAACAAAAAAAAAACACGGUAACAUUGGUAAAAAAAAAUAAUGUGACAUUAUGAGAUAAGGGAAUGUUACGUGGGUUUGGUUUAGGAUUUUGUUGCAGGUUUUGAAUGUUGGUGCAAGUGGUUUCACCAUCCGCCCAGAUCGGAGUGGAAUUGGGGGAUAUCAGCAUUGUCGUUGUAGAGGGUUGGGAGAAGGAGACCGGUUUUUUCAGCUGCUGUCCAUCUCGUAUGCGGCGGAGGAAUGGAGAUGGAAUUCACAAAAGAAAAUAAGGUUUGCGACACGAUGGAAGGAAGGAAGUAAAAGGGAUGAGGGGUGUAAGUCUGAUGAGGAAUUGGAUGAUGCAUGCGGCGGUGACGGCACGAAUGUAGUAUCGGAUGAGUAUGUAUCCGAUUAUGCUGAUGUGUUCGGGUUGUCAGAACAGGAUAUAAUGAGAAAGGUCUUUCGAAGUGAGGAAAGAGCGUAUGAUUUUUACAGUAAAUUUGGCAGAUGUCAUGGAUUUGGCGUGCGCAAGGGGGAUUAUGGAAAGGAUGAAGAAGGAAAUUUGAUAAGGAGAAGGUUUUUUUGUAAUAGGGCUGGACUGAGAGAUGAGAAACACUUGAACAGAUUGGAUAGAAAAAGGGGAUACCGUCCUGAAACAAGGACUAAUUGAAUGGCAAAGCUGUCGAUUUAUCUGGAUAGGGAAAACUCAGCAUGGAAGGUCUGCAAAGUAAUCUUGGAUCACAAUCAUGAACUGACACCUCGAGGGAUGAUGCACAUGAUUCCGAAAUUCCAUCGUAUAUCGGAUGCUGCAAAGGCAAACAUAGAUGGCAUGCGUGGGUAUGGUGUUUCGACAUCAAAGAUUUUGGGUUACAUGGCUGGGGUUGCUGGAUGGUACUCUUUGUUGGGCUUUACAAAAAAUGAUGCAUACAACUACAUUGAUCACAUGAGGUGGGCCAAGGUUGUUAAUGGUGACUCAAAUGCCGCUAUUGUAUAUCUAGAGGGAAAGGCAGCGGCGGAUCCAAUGUCAAUGGCUAGGUAUAAUGUUACAAAGGAUGGAAUGUUGGCGAACAUGUUCUGGGCUGACGGACCUUGCAGAGUAGACUAUCAGUAUUUUAGGGAUGUGGUCGCCUUUGACUCAACAUACAAGAAGAAUAAGUACCAGCGCCCGUUAGUGAUAUUCUCUGGGUCAAACAAUCAUAAGCAAACCACGAUAUUCGGAUUUGGAUUGGUGCUAGACGAAACAAUGUAUAGUUAUACGUGGAUGUUGGAGAAUUUGUCAGAGGUGAUGUGUAAUAAGCACCCUUCUGUUGUGGUAACUGAUGGCGAUGAUGCGAUGAUUGCGACAGUUAAAAAAGUGUUUCCAGAAGCUACUCAGCGGUUGUGUGCAUGGCACUUACAGAAGAAUAUAAUCUCGAAUGGAGGCGAGUAGAUGUUUCGUGAGAUGUUCUAUAAAUGGCUUUAUGCUGACAUGAAGGUAGAUGACUUCGAGGUUGAAUGGGAAGAAGCUUUUGAGGAAUUUGGUCUACACGAAAAAUGUUGGGCAAACCAGAUGUACGAGAAAAGGCACAUGUGGUGUAAUGCGUACCUUCGUGGCAAGUUUUGUACUGGAUAUCGCACAACGUCUAGGUGUGAAGGAAUAAAUUCUCACAUAAAGGGAUUUUGAACUCAAGACAUAGUAUUUUGGAAUUGGUGCAAAAGGAAUGGGAAGGCCCAAGGAAAUACCAACCCACAUCAUAAAGUGACCUCUUAUGCUAGUGAAUCGUAAAUACAAAAUUUUUUUUGGCUAUAUUCCACAAAUCUUACCAGGGAAGCCAUCCCUGAUAUGAUGAAGCUU